GAAAUAUAGAUCCUUGUGGUCUUGGGAAAAAGUUCUCUUCACUGCGGCGUCUGGGUCUUGGAUCCUCUUAUUGAAGAAACUAGAGGUCUGAGAAGUUCUGGCUUAUCAGAAGCAAGAUCCCACCAACCUUCUAUUUUCAUUCAAGACUCUUAUUCUAAUACGUACAUCACGUACUAGAGGAAGUUGUUGUACUAGUCAACUCUAGUAGCACGUCGAGAAACAUACUUCUAGGGCGACACUCUUAUUCUCCUCGCUUUUUUAACGAAAAAACAACCGCAGCCUGCUAUCUCAUUGCUUCUGUGUUGAAGUUUUGUGCAUAGUCGUGCUGUUUUAUAUUUCACAUCCAUUCUACACUGUUGGUUCUAGCAAGCAACUUUGUAGAACCGCUUUCUACACUCAUUCUUUCACAAUAUUUGCAAGAAGAGGUGGAAGAAAGAGUAAGCAUUGGUUUUUCCGCGCCAUCGUAGAGGAAGAUCUUUCGCAGAAUUAGUUUGUAGUGGAUUUUUCGCGUGCAAUCGAACACUCGUUGCCUAAGAAGUUUGCUGAGACGACGACGAUUAGUGGACGACAAAACGAAGAAGCGAUACUAGCAGUCUUGCAUGUAGAAGCGCAACAAGCUGAUAAAGAUUCUCGUCUUGUACAUCGCAGACGUGUCUGAAGAAGCGCAUCUAACCUUCUCGCAGACAGUGCAUCUCGAUCAUGGAUUCACAAGGAAAGAGUUCGUGCUCCAGCCGGCCAUUGCGCGCCGCGAGCAGCGAUACUACGCUGAGCAAGAUCAAAACCGUUCUGGGUCACAACUCUCCGCAGUCAACCACGCCGUCAACGCCAGCGGCUGGUCGAAGUCCCGCCACACUCGCAGCCGAUGAUGUCGUUGUAGCUGGUGAUAGUAGGUGUGCAUCAAAAGUAGUUGCAGAGCCUACAACCAAUAGCACCACAAGAAAACAAGAUGGUAAUCAUGCAAGUCCAGCUCUUGAUGAUGACUCGGCUGCGAAAAGAACGAUGCGGAAUACAACAACGUCCGGUAAAUUCACCGUAUCAACACCGGAAAAAUUGAGUCCGCAACUCUCAGUUAGCUCCGGCGGGUCGAGUGGUAUGACUCAGCUCGGAAACGCCUUGGCAACGGAAAUCAAAGCGGGUCUGAGAAAUCAUGUUGCCCUAGCUGGAGGUGAAGUAAAGCCUUACGUUAUCGGCGUCUGCGGUUCCACCUGCUCAGGGAAGACGACAUUGUGCAAGAUCUUGCGAAGAGAAUUGAAAGGACUCGACGUCGCUUUUAUUCCGUACCUGAUGCUCAUUGUUCUUUCUACUGUUGUCAAUUUGAGUUUUUCUUUAAACGCCUACCUCACAAUGAAAGGUGAAUUGAUAGUGGGGUCACUCGUGAUCUCAUUUGUACUUACUAAGAGGAAUGUCACUUGAACAACAUGUUUGUAAGUAGGUAAAAUAUCUUAAAAAUUGACUAAGUGUCUUUCUCGAGACUUUCUGCUUUCCAUAAUUGAAUAGCUCCGAUUGUUACUAUCGGCCGUUGUCGGAGACGCAGCUGCAGCUAGCGCAUUCGCAGCAGUAUGAUUUCGAUCACCCGAAUGCUUUAGCGUUUGAUGAGCUAUCUCGAGACUUAGACGUACUGAAGAACAGUAACGGGUCAACGACUGUGGAAUUACCGAAGUACGACUUUGCGAAGCAUGCAAGAGUAGCAAAAGCAGAUGCGCAGGACCUAGAGGAGCACACGGUUCGUCCCGCUGACGUCAUCAUUGUCGAAGGAAUUUUGAUUUACGCAGCAGGCCGUGAGCUGCGGGACCAGUUUGACUUGAAGGUCAGUUUUAAUGCUUUGAUAUCCUUCAGCAAAUAAUUACUUUAACGAGCAACUACGACUUCUGAGAAGGAUAAAAUUUGACGCUGGCUGUUGCAAUUCUUGUUGCCUUUAGGGUAUAAUGAGGAAAACCACCACUUCGAAAAUAUAGGUUUUUAUCGAUUGCGAUGCGGACAUCGUAGUAUUGCGUCGACUGCAGCGUGACAUCACGGAACGUGGACGGGAUCUAGCUGGCGUCAAGGACCAGUAGAAAAUUUGAAUUUUUACGCCGAUGCUACAAACAAAUUGCUGAAUUUCCACUGUUCCAAAUGAGUACUAUUACCUUGCUUCGGUAGUGUAAUCGCUCAAGAAGAUCAGAUAAGUAAAUUUAGCUACUUCGCCAACGAUCACGCUCGUGUCGACUUCAGGUACCUUCGUUUCGUAAAGCGUAGCUGGGAGGAAUUCGUGGAACCGAGUAAACGAUAUGCCGAUGUGAUUAUACCCAACGUGCGGGAUGGAAAAUUGGAAGGGUCUAAUGCGGUCCGCAUGCUUCUGCAUCACAUUAAGGAGCAGCUUCGCGAGAACCAUUUUCGUCGACAAAGUUCGGUCUCCAGUGUUGAUUCCUAA